UGAGGUCAUUUAAUAAAUAAGCUGAGCCGCAAUCAAGCUCAAGCCUCUACAUUGUUUAUUGAUUACAUCUCUACAUUUGUUUAAAUCACUGUCCUCUUAACUACCAUGCGACUUGUAAUUUAGCAGAAAACAACAACAUUAUUAACAUAAGUUGUGCGAUUGUCAUCAAGUUUACACGCCGUCUGGAGGAGAGGUCAGAUUUAGAGAACUAAAAGACGUCUGAUUCUGAAGAUGAUGUCGAGACGGAAAUUAUUGGUGUUUCACAUAUCAUGUUUCUAGAGCUAACAAAUUUUUCGGGCAUUGAACAACUGUCCAACCUACGCGCAAUUAUCUAUUAUAUUAUUAAGCCUGUGUGAUCAUGUUGUAAUGGGAAGAAAGAUUAGUUCAUUAUGUUGUUGUGGUAACUGGGCAAGAAUCUCUGCUUAUUUGGUCACGAACUGAAGGCAAAGUAGGUUUUUUGCGAGAUGGAAAUGGGGUCAUUCAGUGAUGCGUAUGAUAUGUUUGUUAAAAUGCCUACUGGAACAUGAAAUUUUGUUCUGCAAAUUUGGAAAAAAUUUUGAUGGUUACAAACAUCAUACUUGUUCAAUUUGGUGGUUGCAAAAAGCGAUGGCUUAAUGAAUGAAAUUGCAAUGAGGUUUCAUUCGUAUUUUCUGGUGAAAUAUUUUGGUUAUGACAUUUGGAGCAAACGGUCUAAAGGGGUACAUUUUAAGUUGCUGGAAAGCGUGGAGUCCUUUACUAUAUGACAAAGAUCAGGAAAGAAACCAAUUUUAUUUAAAGUGGAAAUUACAAGGAAGAGAAUUAGCAGUUUGGGAAGAGGUUGUCAAUCAUGGAGUUCCAGAGAGAGUAAUGGAAUCAAUAAUAGAUGCAUGUGAUGGAUUUUUCAAUCUGCCAGAGGAGGAGAAGCAGGAGUAUGAAGGGAAGCAUGUGUUGGACCCUAUAAGGUGUGGCACCAGCUUUAAUACUGCCGUGGAGAAGGUCUUUUCUUGGAGAGAUUUUCUUAAGGUCUUUGUGCAUCCUGUUUUUCACUCCCCAAGCAAACCUGCAGGGUUUAGUGAGAGUUUAUCUGAGUACUCCAAAAGAACAAGGGAAGUAGCUAGAGAAUUACUUAAAGGAAUAUCAGAGAGCCUAGGAUUGGAGGCUGAUUAUAUAGACAAAGCAUUGAAUUUGGAGCAAGGUCAUCAGGUCAAUGUAGCGAACUUCUAUCCACCUUGUGCACAGCCGGAACUUGCAAUGGGCUUGCCUUCUCAUUCAGAUCAUGGCCUCUUGACCCUACUUAUUGAAAAUGGAGUUAGUGGCCUUCAGGUGCAACACAAAGGAAAGUGGGUCAACUUAAAUUCCUUCCCCAGUUCCUUUCUGGUUAACACUGGUGAUCAUCUUCAGAUUUUGAGUAAUGGAAAGUACAAGAGCGUUCUACAUAGAGCAAUUGUGAACAACAAAACUACAAGGAUAUCCAUAGCCAUGCAACAUGGACCAUCACUAGAGUCUGUCGUUAGUCCAGCACCGGAGUUAUUAGACCGUGAAAAUGCUGAACCAGCAUAUAUUGGCAUCAAAUACAAGGAAUAUCUGGAACUUCAACAAAGCAACAAGCUAGAUGGAAGGUCUUGCUUAGAUCGAAUACGAAUUUGAGCAGUUUUAAUUACAAUUUCUAUAUGUCUAGUCACUAAAACAUUGAAACCUCAUGGUGUUAAGACAAAAGGCAUCGCAUUUGGUGAUCCAUUAGUUAAGCAUCUGCCUAUAAUAUUGACAUCUUUGUUUUUUUUUUUUUUUUUUUUUUUU